AUGUCUCUUCCAACUCGAUCUCUUGAACGCAACGGCCCUCAAGUUCCCGCUGUUGGUGUUGGACUCAUGAGCCUUGGCAAUAUGCACGGAUUUGCCAGUGCCCUUGAUGACAAGGUAGCUUUUCUUGAACCUGCCUAUUCGAUUGGUGCGCGAUCCUGGGAUACAGCUGAUCUAUACUUUGACAGUGACCACACAGUGAGGGAGUGGGUAAAGAAGCUAGGAAAUCUCAAUAACAUUUUCCUGGCUACCAAGUUUGCGAUCCAAUACGAUGUCGCCACGGGUACCCAGAUAACCUGCUCUAACCCCUAG